UAGGUGUAUCACGCUCUACACAAGUAACGUUUUCACGCUCUACAUACCAGAGGGACACGUGUAGAGCAGAUAGAGAGACAGACAGAAGAAAGGGCGAAAAAAUGGGGCAGUAUUAUAGGAGAGUCGUAGCUGUUGGGGUAGUGAUAGUACUAAAUACUCUCUUUCCUUUAGUCCACUCUCACCCAUAAAACUAAGUCACUCUCUCCUCACCCCUAUUUUCUCUCGUGUUCCCCUUUUACUUUUAGGGUUUUCUUCUUCUUUCUACUGUGAAAUCUGCCUCUUUGAGGUGAAAGGAUCCUGAUAUGGCUGAAGACGACACGAAUGGAAAUGGAGCAGCAGAGGGUCUGCCACCACCUCCCCCUGUUCCACCAGAUUAUACCCCUGCAAAAACUGAAAUAGAGCCUCUGAAGAAAAAGUCUUUGCGCGUUCCCAUGGCCAGACGUGGCACUGGAAACAAGGGACAAAAGAUUCAGAUCCUUACUAAUCACUUUAAAGUGAAUGUGACGAAUGUGGAUGGACACUUCUUUCACUACAGUGUUGCCCUGUUCUAUGAAGAUGGUCGGCCAGUUGAUGCAAAGGGCAUAGGCAGGAAGGUCUUGGAUAGAGUACAUGACACUUAUGAUACUGAAUUAGCUGGAAAGGAUUUUGCAUACGACGGUGAGAAGAGUUUGUUUACCAUUGGAGCACUCCCUCGGAAUAAGAUGGAGUUUACUGUUGUCCUUGAGGACAUGACAUCAAGCAGAAACAAUGGCAAUAGCAGCCCCGGUGGACAUGGAAGCCCCAAUGAAACUGACAGGAAGAGGCUACGCCGUCCUUACCAGUCAAAGACAUUCAAGGUGGAGAUCAGUUUUGCUGCCAAAAUCCCGAUGCAGGCGAUUGCAAAUGCUCUGCGUGGUCAGGAGUCGGAGAACUCUCAAGAAGCAUUGAGAGUCUUGGAUAUUAUUCUAAGGCAGCAUGCUGCAAAGCAGGGGUGCCUGCUUGUUAGACAAUCCUUUUUCCACAACGAUCCGAAGAACUUUGUUGAUGUUGGUGGCGGUGUUCUUGGAUGUCGAGGAUUCCAUUCCAGUUUCCGGACCACUCAGAGUGGCUUGUCUUUGAACAUUGAUGUGUCUACAACAAUGAUUAUCCAACCUGGUCCUGUAGUGGACUUCUUGAUUUCAAAUCAAAAUGCAAAAGAUCCCUUUUCUCUGGAUUGGGCAAAAGCAAAACGUAUGCUCAAGAAUCUGAGGGUGAAGACAAGUCCCACUAAUCAGGAGUACAAGAUUACUGGAUUGAGUGAGAAACCUUGUCGUGAGCAAUUGUUUACUCUGAAACAAAAAGGGAAAGAUGCGGAUGGAGAAGUCCAAACGAUGGAAGUUACUGUGUAUGAUUACUUUGUCAACCAGCGCAACAUAGAGUUGCGUUAUUCUGCUGAUUUACCCUGCAUCAAUGUUGGGAAACCUAAGCGUCCCACCUAUUUUCCAAUUGAGCUCUGCUCCCUGGUGUCUUUGCAAAGGUACACAAAAUCUUUGUCCACGUUCCAGAGGUCUUCUUUAGUGGAGAAAUCAAGGCAAAAGCCUCAGGAGAGGAUGCAAGUCUUAAGCAAUGCUCUCAAAAUCAACAAAUAUGAUGCCGAGCCUCUGCUUCGUGCCUGUGGAAUAUCGAUUAGCAGCCAGUUCACUCAGAUUGAAGGACGUGUUCUGCCUCCUCCUAAGUUGAAGACAGGCAAUGAUGACUUUGUCCCUCGUAAUGGCAGAUGGAAUUUCAAUAAUAAGAGACUAGUUGAUCCCCAAAAGAUAGAACGCUGGGCUGUUGUCAAUUUUUCUGCACGCUGUAACGUUCAGGGGCUCGUUGGUGAUCUGAUCAAAUGUGGAAAAAUGAAAGGAAUUAUGGUGGAAGAUCCAUUUGAUGUUUUUGAGGAGUCUCCACAAGUCAGAAGAGCUCCACCGCUUGUUAGAGUUGAGAAAAUGUUUGAGCAGGUCCAAUCUAAGCUUCCUGGGGCACCGAAAUUUCUGCUUUGUCUGCUUCCUGAGAGGAAAAACUGUGACGUUUACGGGCCAUGGAAGCGAAAGAAUCUUGCUGAGUAUGGAAUUGUUACCCAGUGUAUAGCUCCAACAAGAGUCAAUGAUCAGUACAUCACGAAUGUGCUCCUGAAGAUUAAUGCAAAGCUUGGAGGUUUAAAUUCUAUGCUUACUGUUGAACAUUCUCCUUCCAUCCCUAUGGUAUCUAAGGUUCCUACCAUUAUUAUUGGAAUGGAUGUAUCCCAUGGAUCACCUGGCCAAUCUGAUGUCCCGUCCAUUGCAGCGGUUGUUAGCUCAAGGCAGUGGCCUUCGAUAUCUCGUUAUAGAGCUUCUGUUCGCACCCAGUCUCCUAAGGUGGAGAUGAUAGACAACUUGUUUAAACGUGUUUCUGACACUGAAGAUGAGGGAAUAAUGAGGGAGGCUUUGCUUGAUUUUUAUGUGAGUUCUGGAAAAAGGAAGCCCGAGCAUAUAAUAAUAUUCAGGGAUGGUGUCAGUGAAUCCCAGUUUAAUCAAGUUCUCAAUGUGGAGCUCGACCAGAUCAUUGAGGCUUGUAAAUUUCUCGAUGAGAAGUGGAAUCCCAAGUUUGUGGUGAUUGUUGCCCAGAAGAAUCAUCAUACCAAGUUUUUCCAGCCUAAUGAUCCCAACAAUGUUCCUCCAGGCACAAUCAUAGACAACAAAGUCUGUCAUCCAAGGAAUUACGAUUUUUACUUGUGUGCCCAUGCUGGGAUGAUUGGUACGACUCGUCCUACUCACUAUCAUGUCUUAUAUGAUGAACUGGGCUUCUCUGCUGAUGAUCUUCAAGAGCUGGUUCAUAAUCUUUCCUAUGUUUACCAGAGAAGCACCACUGCCAUAUCUGUUGUUGCUCCUAUCUGUUACGCCCAUCUUGCCGCAACUCAGAUGGGGCAGUGGAUGAAGUUUGAAGAUGCAUCGGAAACUUCUUCCAGCCAUGGUGGUGUUUCUAAUGCAGGACCAGUAUCCGUUCCUCAGCUUCCAAAGCUUGAGGAGAAAGUGUCAAGCUCCAUGUUCUUCUGCUGAGGGGCCUGUUAGCCCCUACUAGACUCUUUUUAAUGUUUGGUUUGUGAAUAGUUUCAAACUCUCUCAGGAGAUGGUAGUUUCAACAUUUUGUUAGUGACUGUUGAAGUUCCCCAUGCCCAGACUGCAUCUUUUUGGCUUGUGGGGGUGCUCUUUUAAGUUAAAACUUUCAUCAUGUACCUCUGGUUUGGUGGCAGUUCUGCCUUCUAAGUUAUGGGUAUGGCUAGUAGUUGUUA